CCGGGAGCUGCUACUAAUGAAGCACAGCUCGCUUGUGAAAGCGACGGGCCGGGCACGAGAUCAGUACAAAUCAAGGCGAAAACCGACAGCCCGCAAAAGCCGGCCCAAUAAGCGGAUGCCAAUUAGCACUCAACAGGGACCCCGCUGAUCCCCCAGCUUUUGACGAGGGGGGCGUGAAAUUGAUUGGACUGCAGUGAAGCGCCUUGUUGUCGCUGACAAGGCGUGAGGACUCACACGGCUUGCCAGCUCCCGUAUUCACGGAUGAGGCCCAACGACGAUACGAUUUACGCGUGGGUGGCUUGGCUGGGGCGUCGUCGUGGCAUGCGGAGUAUAUGAUGGAGUGGUCACGCAGUUCAGUGCUUGAGAGGCAUAGGGAUAGGCUUCCACAUUGACACCGGACACCAGAUUUGACACAAGUUCAGAACCAGCAACGACGCGAACAAACAACAAAGAUCCCGCCCCAUUGAUCCAUGACAGUCGAUGGCAACAAUGGCUGAACAGCAGCAGCAGCAACCACAGCAACAACAGCAACCCACCAGAACACCGCUCAAGGGCUCCUGCCACUGCGGCGCAACGCAAUACAUCCUCUUCCUCACCCUCCCGCACCCUCACUCAGGCGGCGAGCCCAGCCCCCGGUCCGACCAGCGCUUCUACCGCUGCAACUGCACCGUCUGCCACAAGGCGGGCUUCUUCCACAUCCGCCCCGCCUCGCCCGCCGACGACUUUCUCCUCCUCGCGCCCGACGACCCCUUCGCCGCGCUGGGCGACUACCUCUGCGCCGACAGGCGGCUGCACUUCUUCUACUGCAAGACCUGUGCGAUGCGCUGCUUCAUCUUCAUGGGCGAUGCCGAGACCGUGGAGGUGGAUCUGGGGGGGCUGGGCGUGCCGUCCGGACACGGCAAGGGCGGCGGCGGCGGCGGCGGCAAGACGAGGGUGUGGAGGGCGAAGAGGGAGGGAGGGCAUCCCGAGUUUGGAAACUACUUGAGCGUCAAUGGGCACUCUGUCGAUGCAGGGCAGGCGUUUGACAUGCGGGCGCUGACGGACAGCAAGGUCGUGCAGUACUACGACUGCUUGGAGGACGAAAACCCGGGACCGAGGCGGUUCGAUUAUCCUCAUGCUGGGGGCUGCUAUUAGCCAGAUCACCGCCAGAUCACCACCACAACUUUCAUGAUGAAUGGCACCCAAGUGAAGUGACGGCAUCCCGAAACUUCUCUGUCACGAGUUCAAGCACCAGUAGCACACGAAAGAUCAAGAUCAGGGGAUCAAUCCAGGCGCAACAUGCCCAUCGUCUCUUCAACGCGAC